AUGGGCACUGCAGUUAAACGUGUGUCCCAGGUCAGGGUCGAGGAUGUGCAACCGCCGACCUCUAAAGAAAAGCUCUCUAUGGCAAACACCGCACAAGAUAGUCUGGACAUGCAACGACUGGGCAAGACGCAACAGUUAAAGAGAAAUUUUCGGUUCGUAUCCAUCCUUGGUUUCAACUGUACGUUAAUGGCAACAUGGGAGUCAAUUUUGCUCACCAGCGAUUACGGCCUAAUCAAUGGCGGACGAGCUGGGAUGGUUUAUGUUUAUAUUGGUACUUUUAUCGGCUUUUUCGCAUCUGUUGCAUCUUUGGCAGAGAUCGCAUCGAGAGCUCCUACGGCGGGAGGUCAGUACCACUGGGUUAGCGAGUACGCUCCUCCUUCCUGUCAAAGAUUCUUAAGUUAUAUCACAGGAUGGCUCGCAGUCUUGGGCUGGCAGGCAGCGUUCGCCAGUGUAUGCUUUCUCGCCGGUACCUUGAUUCAAGGUUUAUUGGUCACCGUAGACCCUGUCCCGACCAUACACCAUAUAUAUACGUUUGAGAGAUGGCAUGGGACGCUCUUGGCGAUUGCAAUUGCGGUGAUAGCCACCGUCCUCAAUGGGUGGGGCACUCAUUGGCUCGCCAGUCUGGAGCGUUUCUUGCUGUUCAUUCAUAUCUUUGGAUUCUUCGUGGUGUUGAUCCCCUUGUGGGUUAAAGCCGACAGAGCAAGCAGCGCUGAAGUUUUCCAGACUUUUUCUAACACGGGGGGAUGGCCGAAUAUUGGGUUGGCCUGUUUGGUCGGCCAACUGACCCCGAUAUUCUCUUUCACGGGGCCUGAUGCAGCGACGUAUAUGGCGGAGGAGGUUCAGGAUGCUUCCAGGACUGUUCCAUGGUGUAUGAUCUCGACUGCCCUGGUCAAUGGCACGCUUGGAUUCGUUAUGCUCAUUACGUUCCUCUUCACCAUGGGUGACAUAGAGUCAGUGCUACAAGCGCCCAGCGGAUUCCCAUUCAUCACAGCUUUUCAAAACGCGACCGGGUCGUCCAAUAUGGCGAUGGGACUCGCGUGCAUUAUCUUAGUGAUGGAGGUAUGCAGUGCGUUAGGUGUCCUAGCGACUACCUCACGUCAGAUAUUCGCGUUUGCCCGAGACAAAGGACUGCCUUUCUCGAGCACACUCGCCUAUGUCCAUCCCAAAUCUAAGACCCCUAUCUGGUCUAUUCUGUCUUCAACAGUGGCGACCGUUCUAUUGAGCCUGAUUAAUAUUGGCUCCACGGCAGCUUUCAACGCGAUUGCCUCAUUGGCGAUCGCGUCUAUGUUGACGACCUAUAUCAUUGCCAUUGGCUGCUUCUUUAUAGCGCGCUGGCAGUCAAGGACGUUGCCUAGUCCUCGGUUCUCUUUAGGCCCGUAUGGCCCAGCUAUCAACUUGAUAUCCCUCUUCUACCUUAGUUUUCAGAUCAUCUUUACCUUUUUCCCGACGACCAAGGAUGUCGUACCAAGAACUAUGAAUUGGGCGGUUCUUAUGGUAGGCUCAGUGACUCUCUUUGCCGUCUUCCAAUAUGUUUUUUAUGCACGAAAGGUAUACCAAGCGCCUGUUGACCAGACCCUGCGAAAUCAAGCCAAAUACCUACAGUCAGGCCACAGCCGCAGCUUUGGUUGA